CCCGAUUCUCUAAUAUCCACCGCCAAGACCUCGCUUACUUUGGCUCCGACCAACCUCCCUACCUCCUCUGUAAAACCCCCUAAUGACAAAUUGGUGCAAAAGAUGGCUUUAGUUUCAGUGGACCAACUAAGGGGCCCAUGCCCGUGCAACUAGACAUUCAACACAACCUUGAAGAAUUAAAGGCAGGAGACACGGAGCUGAUGGUGGCUGAAAUCUAGCAUUGAUAAGGGCAACCGAGUCAAUGAAUAAAAGUGUUCACAUCAUGUGUUCACAUGUGAUCUUUUAUUAUUUAAGUAUUCUAUUUCCUUUGAAUAGGCAGCUCAUUUUUGUUUCGCAUGAAAGAAGAAAACCAAUAUUCUGGAGUGAUUCCAUAAUAGAAAGAAAACGAGAGUGAUUCUCACCGUGCUUGUCUUGUGUUCUAGUUUCAAGUGUUAUUCUUGAUCUAGUUUGCAUCAACUUGGUAUCAGAGGAAACAUCAUGCCUACACGUAACGGCAAGGACUACGCUGCCACGGACUUUGAUUCAACAGAUCCCAUCCAACAAAAUGAACUCAUGACUGUCUUGGCUCAACAGCUUCCAGCCAUGACGCAAGCUCUCCAGCAAAUCCCGGACAUGGCUCAACAAAUAACUAAGCUGACGGAGCAAGUGAAUCAAUUAGCUGGAGCAACGAGUUCCCCAACUCAGAGGAGUGGUAAGAAGGUGGUCCAAGAGAUUGAAGAGGAGGCUGGUGAUGAAUAUGCUGAAGGUGUUCAUGGUCAACACUCUAAACCACGUAAUUCCUAUACUCAGCGUACUGGUGAACGAAGUCGAGCUUUUCGACAUGAGCCCAAACCUGAAUACUUUCGCCACAAUUGUAGGCAAUAUGGCCAUUUUGAUCAAACAGAUCAAGUAAUGAGACAAAUCAAAGCUGAUGUUCCGGAGUUUGAUGGCAACCAAGAACUCCAUGAGGUGAUGGACUGGUUGGCUAAGGUGGAGAAUUUCUUUGACUGGGUAGGCAUGAAUCAAGAGCAGAAGGUCCGCUUUAUUCGUAUGAAAUUCAAAGGUCAAGCAUGCGUGUGGUGGCAAAGUUUGGAAGAACAGAGAUACCAUUCGCGAUUACCAUCAAUUAUGGACUGGAGAGAAAUGAAGGGAUACAUCAUGGAAGAAUACCUCCCACACAAUUACAAAGAGAUAGUGUUUCGAGAAUUACUAUCUUUGGAGCAGGAAAGCAAAUCAGUCCGGGAAUUUAACAACAAAUUUCAUGAAUUGAUUGUCCGAUCUCGGGUGAUAGAAGAUCCGCAACAAUCCUUGGCCAGGUACAAGAGAGGACUACGAGAGGAGAUCAGUAGGGAGUUAGAGACUACUAAGUUGGAGAAUGUCAGAGAGGCCUUUCAAUUAGCCCUCAAGAUAGAAAGUCGUCUGAAGAGCCAGUAUAACAAGCGUUACCAACCCAGUAGUCUGGAUUACAAGAGUUCUCGAGCAGUUACAAAUUCCUUACCCACCCAAGGCAAUAUGGCGGCACGGACGGAAACUGGCACCAACACAACUACACCUACUCUUCAACGAGGGAAGGAACCUGGAGGUCCCAAGUGUUAUAAAUGUGGCACUUUUGGUCAUUAUGCGGCAGUAAACACGGAGGUCAUUGAUGAAGUAUUGGAACCCUCAGAAUUGCCUAUGUGUGUGAUACGACAAAUUCUCACAGGACAAAUGGUAGAACCAUCAGCAGACGAAUGGCUACGGACUAGCAUUUUUCGUACCCGUUUCGAGAAGGAUGGCAAAGCUUUGGAAGUCAUCAUUGACGGAGGGAGUAGUAUGAAUGUUAUCUCUAAAGACAUGGUGGAGCGCAAUGGGUUGAUUACAGAGAAGCAUACAAAACCAUAUCUCGUGGGGUGGAUUGACGACACCACCAUCCCGUGAAACAGAGAUGUCUGUUAUCUUUUUCAUUAGGAA